UCUCCUCGACGGCGUUGAAGGCCUCGAACGGUGGUGCGCCUGCGGAGCCGCCUAAUAUGCGCUCGGCCCAGCGUCCUCCCGAGGGCCCGCUCCGUGCGCCGGUCGUUAACCCUGCCGAUAAAUACCAGGACAAGGCCGAUAGCAUGCACAAAUACGGACAGUAUAUUAUGUCCUGCCUGCCGAAAUACGUGCAGCAGUUCUCGGUGUGGAAGGAUGAGCUUACCGUCUACGUUCCCCCUGCCGGUGUGAUCCCCGUGAUGAGCUUCUUGAAGUACCACACCGCCGCGGAAUACACCCAGGUGUCCGAUAUUACUGCGGUCGACUUCCCCACGCGUGACCAGCGUUUCGAGGUCGUCUACAACCUGCUGAGCGUUCGCUACAAUUCCCGGAUUCGUGUCAAGACCUACGCCGACGAGGCCACCCCGGUCCCCAGUGUGACCUGCCUGUUCGAGGGUGCCUUGUGGUACGAGCGUGAGGUCUACGACAUGUUCGGCGUUUUCUUCAGCAACCAUCCUGACCUGCGUCGGAUCAUGACCGACUACGGCUUUGACGGCCACCCGCUGCGCAAGGACUUUCCCCUCACGGGUUACACCGAGCUCCGCUACGACGAGGAGAAGAAGCGCAUCGUUGUGGAGCCCCUGGAGCUCACCCAGGCGUUCCGUAACUUUGAGGGAGGCACUGCCGCCUGGGAGCCCGUUGGUCCUGGUAUCGACCGGACGCCCGACACUUUCAAGCUCCCUACGCCCAAGCCCGAAGAGAAGAAGGAGGAGGAAAAGAAAUAGAGCGCGAAACAAUGUAAUCGUAUUUUUUUUUCUAUUCCGUUUAUUUGUAUGUACAUAUCGCGUCUCUUGCCAAUCAGAGCUAUCCAAUUGUCAUCACGA